AUGAACCACAAGAGCAAGAAGCGGAUCCGCGAGGCCAAGCGGAGUGCGCGCCCGGAGCUCAAGGACUCGCUGGACUGGACCCGGCACAACUACUACGAGAGCUUCUCGCUGAACCCGGCGGCCGUGGCGGAUAACGUGGAGCGGGCGGACGCCUUGCAGCUCUCGGUGGAAGACUUCGUGGAGCGAUACGAGAGGCCUUACAAGCCCGUGGUGCUGCUCAACGCCCAGGAGGGCUGGUCCGCGCAGGAGAAAUGGACACUGGAGCGCCUGAAGAGGAAGUACCGCAACCAGAAGUUCAAGUGCGGGGAGGACAACGACGGCUACUCGGUGAAGAUGAAGAUGAAGUACUACAUCGAGUACAUGGAGAGCACGCGGGACGACAGCCCCCUGUACAUCUUCGACAGCAGCUACGGCGAGCACCCCAAGAGGAGGAAGCUCCUGGAGGACUACCAGGUGCCCAAGUUCUUCACCGACGACCUGUUCCAGUACGCGGGGGAGAAGCGCAGGCCCCCUUACAGGUGGUUUGUGAUGGGGCCCCCGCGCUCCGGGACCGGAAUCCACAUCGACCCCCUGGGCACCAGCGCCUGGAACGCCUUGGUGCAGGGCCACAAGCGCUGGUGCCUGUUCCCCACCAGCACACCCCGGGAGCUCAUCAAGGUGACGCGCGACGAAGGGGGGAACCAGCAGGAUGAAGCCAUCACCUGGUUUAAGAUCAUCUAUCCCCGGACACAGCUCCCAACCUGGCCCCCCGAGUUCAGACCCCUAGAAAUCUUGCAGCAGCCGGGAGAGACUGUCUUUGUGCCAGGAGGCUGGUGGCAUGUUGUCCUCAAUCUUGACACCACCAUUGCCAUCACCCAGAAUUUUGCCAGCAGCACCAACUUCCCUGUUGUAUGGCACAAGACGGUAAGAGGGAGACCAAAGUUGUCCAGGAAAUGGUAUAGGAUCCUGAAGCAGGAGCACCCCGAGCUGGCCGUCCUGGCUGACUCCGUUGACCUUCAGGAAUCCACAGGGAUCGCCUCCGACAGCUCCAGCGACUCCUCCAGCUCCUCCAGCUCCAGCUCGUCCGACUCGGACUCGGAGUGUGAGACGGGGUCCGAAGGAGACGGGACGAUGCACCGCAGGAAGAAGCGGCGGACCUGCAGCAUGAUGGGGAACGGGGACACCACCUCCCAGGACGACUGCGUGAGCAAGGAGCGCAGCUCCUCCAGGUGA